ACCUUUGCCAAAUCGCAUCGCUCGCCGCUCCAUUUUCAAAUUUCGAAACUCCCGCUCUCCUCACAUUCCCCUGUCCCUUUCUCUCUCUCUCUCUCUCUCUUGAUCUCUCGGCAAGCACUCGCGCUAGCACCAAGCUCAUCCCUUUCUUCGUCCAAUCGCCGCAAGAAUCAGAUACCCGAAAUGGGUGGCGCUCAAAGCCGCGAAGAUCUCGACCUCUCCGACUGCGAGUCCGAAGACGCCCGGAGCCGGCAAGAAUCCGACCAGGAAGACGACGCCUACGAGGACGCGAGGGGGCAGUCCUCCGGGGAGCGCGCGAAAUCCCCGGCUUCGCUCGACGACGUCGAGGCCCGGCUCAGGGCCCUCAAGCUCAAGUACUCGUCCCCGUCCUCGGAGAGGAAGACCCAUCUCCAGAACGCCGUGAAGCUCUACCUCCACAUCGGCGGCAACACCCCGAAGGCCAAAUGGGUAGUCUCCGAGAAGCUCACUUGUUACAGGUUCGUGAAAACUAGCCGCGAGGGGGAAAGCGACGGCGAGGAGGAGGAGGAGGAGGAAGAGGGAGAGGGGGGAGAGGGUUGGUGGGUUUUGAAGAUUGGUUCUAAGGUCAGAGCAAGAGUCGGCGCCGGAAUGCAAUUGAGGUAUUUCGGAGAGCAGCGGCGGGUCGAUUUUGUCGCGGGGGGUCUUUGGGCGGUGAAGUUCCUCAGCAAUGAGGAUUAUAGGGCUUUCGGGGGUCGGUAUCAGGAUUGUCUGUUUGAGAAUACUUAUGGUUACGAGGCGACCGAACAGAACAGGAUCAAGGUGUACGGGAAGGAUUUCAUGGGCUGGGCUAAGCCUGAAGCUGCGGAUGAUUCGAUGUGGGAAGAUGCAGAGGAUAGUCUGAGCCCGGGGUCGGUGACUCCGCUUCGGCCAAGUCAGGAUCUGCUGGAGGAAUUCGAGGAGGUUGCAAAUGGGGGGAUACAGAGCUUGGCAUUAGGGGCUCUAGACAAUAGCUUUCUGGUGGGCGAUUCGGGUAUUCAGGUGGUUAAGAAUUUCAGCCACGGAAUCCAUGGAAAAGGUGUAUUUGUCAAUUUCGAUAGUGGUAGUAGUCAUAGGAAUGGAUUAAGUACGACCUAUUCCACGCCAAAGAAAGCUCUUCUAAUGAAGGCUGAGACUAAUAUGCUUUUGAUGAGUCCAAUUAAUGAAGGGAAGCCCCAUGGUAGAGGCAUACAUCAGCUCGAUAUCGAGACCGGGAAGAUUGUUUCAGAGUGGAAGUUUGAGAAGGAUGGUGCUGAUAUUGCCAUGAGGGAUAUUGUAAAUGAUAGUAAGGGCGCUCAGUUAGAUCCCACAGGGUCAACAUUCUUGGGUCUUGAUGAUAACAGGCUUUGUAGGUGGGACAUGCGAGAUCGGAAAGGUUUGGUUCAGAAUCUUGCUGAUGCAAAUACUCCUGUUUUGAACUGGACACAAGGGCAUCAGUUCUCCAGAGGAACAAACUUUCAAUGCUUUGCCACUACUGGUGAUGGUUCCAUUGCUGUCGGCUCUCUUGAUGGGAAGAUCAGGUUGUACUCAACCAAUUCAAUGAGACAGGCAAAGACUGCUUUCCCUGGCCUUGGCUCGCCUAUUACUCACGUGGAUGUGACUUUUGAUGGAAAGUGGAUUUUGGGCACAACUGAUACAUAUCUGAUUCUUAUAUGCACCCUCUUCACUGACAAGGAUGGAAAAACAAAGACUGGUUUUAAUGGUCGAAUGGGAAAUAGAAUCUCUGCUCCACGAUUGUUGAAGCUGACUCCUUUGGAUUCUCAUUUAGCUGGAGUUGAUAAUAAGUUCCGUGGCGGUCAGUUUUCAUGGGUCACAGAGAAUGGGAAGCAGGAGCGUCAUCUGGUUGCCACCGUGGGGAAAUUUAGUGUGAUAUGGAACUUCCAACAGGUGAAAAAUGGCUCUCACGAGUGUUAUCGUAACCAAGAAGGCCUGAAGAGCUGCUAUUGCUAUAAAAUAGUCCCUAAAGAUGAGUCCAUAGUGGACAGUCGUUUUAUGCAUGACAAGUUUGCAGUCACAGACUCUCCCGAGGCUCCCCUGGUCAUUGCAACUCCGCUAAAAGUCAGCUCAUUUAGCAUAUCCAGUCGUCGGUGACAAGGCAAGGCAUUGACUCUUGCCUAUUCUCUUUAAUUUCUUUUCAACUUUUUGUCUCUAGGUCUUAGAAUCUAGCUCGUUAUGUGGUUCAGUAUGUGAUUUGCUGAAAGUUCUUUUACAUCAAUGUGUUGUACGCCAUAUACUGUACCUGUUUGACUGCAACAAUAUAUCAUUGUGGAAGUCAUGGCAGUACUGCACUUCGUUAAGUGUUAGUGGUGGGACGAAAGAUGAUAAGGAACUGCUAUCUCCCUAGCACAAGUUCUCUUAAUGUUACUUGUGGCUGCCUCUUUUAGUUGUUUUAUCAUCUUUCUGUCCCCUUCUCAAAGGUUUCUGGACAAUAAUGAGUUGUGCUAGCAA